AUGAUGGUCUGGGCCUUCGGAGACGGCGACUACGGGAAACUGGGACUGGGGAAUUCUACCGCCAAAUCCUCCCCAGGUAUGUACUAGUUUUGGUUGUUCUCCCCUCAUAUGUAAGUAGUUUUGAGUUGUUUUCCCCCUCAGGUAUGUACAUAGUGUGAGUUGUUCCCACCUCGGAGUACGUAGUUUUUGAUUUUUGUUUCCCCCUCAGGUAGUACAGUGUUUGAUUUUUCUUUCCCCCCUCGAAAAUGUACAUGUGUUAUGUCUGUUCCUCACCUGGUUUUUACAUAGUUUGAUGUUUUCCUCCCCAGGUAUUGUUUUUUACUUUUUUUAAGUUUUGGGUUUGGACUGUCUUUUCUCAGUUUGAGGAGGGGAAAGGGAAAGAUGUGACAUUGAGGGUGAAAAUUUUGGGGGGUGUUUGUUGAUUUUGGUUGUAUUUCUGUUGUAUAUUCUGUCUGUUAUUCUGUCUAAUUCCUGUAUAUUCUGUCUGUAUUUUCUGUCUGUAUAUUCUGUUUGAAAUUUCUGUUUGUAUAUUUGUUUGUAUAUUCGGGUUUUAUUCUGUUUUAUUUUUGUAUAUUGUAUAUCUGUCUGUAUAUUCUGUCUGUAUAUUCUGUUUGUAUAUUCUGUCUGUAUAUUCUGUCUGUAUAUUCUGUCUAUUCUGUCUGUAUAUUCUGUCUGUAUAUUCUGUCUGUAUAUUCUGUUUGUAUAUUCUGUCUGUAUAUUCUGUCUGUAUAUUCUGUCUAUAUUCUGUCUGUAUAUUCUGUAUAUUCUGUCUGUAUAUUCUGUAAAUUCUGUCUGUAUAUUCUGUAUAUUCUGUUUGUAUAUUCUGUCUGUAUAUUCUGUCUGUAUAUUCUGUAUAUUAUGUCUGUAUAUUCUGUUUGUAUAUUCUGUAUAUUCUGUUUGUUAUUCUAUAUUCUGUCUGUAUAUUUCGUCUGUAUAUUUCUGUUUGUAUAUUCUGUCUUAUAUUCCCUGUCUUUUAUUUCUGUCUGUAUAUUCUGUUUGUAUAUUCUGUCUGUAAUUUUCUGUCUGAUAUUCUGUCAUAUUCUGUCUGUUUUCUGUAUUUUCUGUCUGUAUAUUCUUUUCUGUAUAUUCUGUAUAUUCUGUUUUUAAUAUCUGUCUGUAUUUUCUGUCUGUAUAUUCUGUCUGUGUAUUCUGUAUAUUCUGUCUGUAAUUCUGUUGUAUUUCUGUUUGUAUAUUCUGUCUGUAUUUUCUGUUUGUAUAUUUGUCGGGAUAUUCUGGUUGUAUAUUCGGUCUGUAUAUUCUGUUUGUAUAUUAUGUUUGUAUAUUCUGUCUGUAUAUUCUGUCUGUAUAUUCUGUCUGUGUAUUCUGUAUAUUCUGUCUGUAUAUUCUGUUUGUAUAUUCUGUUUGUAUAUUCUGUCUGUAUACAGUGGGGGAAAAAAGUAUUUAGUCAGCCACCAAUUGUGCAAGUUCUCCCACUUAAAAAGAUGAGAGAGGCCUGUAAUUUUCAUCAUAGGUACACGUCAACUGUGACAGACAAAAUGAGAAUUUUUUUUCCAGAAAAUCACAUUGUAGGAUUGUUAAUGAAUUUAUUUGCAAAUUAUGGUGGAAAAUAAGUAUUUGGUCAAUAACAAAAGUUUCUCAAUACUUUGUUUUUUACCCCUUUGUUGGCAAUGACACAGGUCAAUCGUUUUCUGUAAGUUUUUCACAAGGUUUUAAAACCCCACUGUUGCUGGUAUUUUGGCCCAUUCCCCCAUGCAGAUCUCCUCUGGAGCAGUGAUGUUUUGGGGCUUUUGCUGGGCAACACAGACUUUCAACUCCCCCCAAAAGAUUUUCUAUGGGGUUGAGAUCUGGAGACUGGUAGGCCAAUCCAGGACCUUGAAAUGCUUCUUACGAAGCCACUCCUUCAUUGCCCGGGGCGGUGUUUUUUGGGGAUCAUUGUCAUGCUGAAAGCCCCCCACCCACUUUUUCAUCUUCAAUCCCCUUGCGAUGGAAGGAGGUUUUCACUAAAAAAUCUCACGAUACUGGCCCCAUUCAUUCUUUCCUUUACACGGAUCAGUCGUCCUGGUCCCUUUGCAGAAAAAAAAGCCCCAAAGCAUGAUUUUCCCCCCCCCAUGCUUCACAGUAGGUAGGGUGUUCUUUGGAUGAAACCCAGCAUUCUUUGUCCUCCAAACACGACGGUUGAGUUUUUACCAAAAAAAUUAAUUUUGGUUUCAUCUGACCAUAUGACAUUCUCCCAAUCCUCUUCUGGACAUCAAAUGCACUCUACAAACUUCAGACGGGCCUGGACAUGUACGGCUUAAGCAGGGGACACGUCUGGCACUGCAGGGUUUGGCGUAGUGUGUUUCUGAUGGUAGGCUUUGUGCUUUGGUCCCAGCUCUCUGCAGGUCAUUCACUAGGUCCCCCCGUUGGUUUGGGAAUUUUUGCUCACCGUUCUGUGAGCUCAUUUGAACCCCACCGGGGUGCGCUGUCUUGCGACCAAAGGCAGCACCAAACACGGAUCGAGGGAGAUUAUCAGUGGUUUAAAGUAUGUCUUUCACCAUUUCCUAAUAAAUGCUCCCCACAGUUCUGAUUUUAUUCAAAACCAAGCUGCUCUACCCCUCUUAGCUCCGUCUUCACCCAGCCUGGUGCCGGUAGCCCCCACCUUUUGUUUUGGGGUGUCCUUUGCACACCAGCUCUUUGGUCCUCGGCCCUCGUGCGUUUGGAGUGUGCCUGUUGGCGGUUGGCCCGGUGUCUUUAUCCUGCCUCCCCCCGUCUUCCACAAAAACCCACCCUUCACCACACAACACAAACCAACCAUACCACCCCACCACCGGAAAAAAUCGAACACACCAACCACCCUUCCAUCCCGGUCCCACGCGUGGAGGCAGCCCCGGGAGCCUCUUCCCGCCCAGUUCCCAGGUUCUGGGACGAGCAGAAUCUUGCUGGUGUGGUGACCAAGAUACUUAUUUUCCACCAUAAUUUGCAAAUAAAUUCAUUAAAAAUCAUACAAUGUGUUUCUGGAUUUUUUUCUUUUCAAUUUGGUAUGUCAUAGUUGACGUGUACCUCGAGGAACAAAAUUUACAGCUCUCUCAUCUUUUUCAGUGGGAGCACUUGCACAAUUGGUGGCUGAUAAAUAUUUUUUCCCCACUGUAUUCUGUCUGUAUAUAUUCUGUCGGUAUAUUCUGUCUGUCUAUUCUGUUUGUAUAUUCUGUUCUGUAUAUUCUGUCUGGAACAAGUAUUCCUCGACGGUAUAUUCUGCUCUGUCCCUAUUUGUUCUGUACUAUUCUGUUUGUCUGUAUUCCUGUCUGUACUUCUGUCUCGUCUAUUCUGUUGUAUAAUUCUGCCUGUAUAUUCUGUAUCUUCUGUCUGUAUAUUCUGUAAUUAUGUAUAGUAUAUUCGUCUGUGUACACCAACCCCACCAGCACACUAUACCCCAUCCACCACCCCAACACGCGACCCUUACCUAGGCAACCACUUCACCAAGUCAUAUUCCAGUUCUGUGUAAAUGUACUUGGUGAGUGAAGGUGAUUCAGAUAGCUGUUUCUGUGUUCCACAGAAGGUUGACGUUCUCUGUGGAAUUGGUAUCAAGAAGGUGUCCUGUGGAACUCAGUUCUCUGUUGCUCUCACCAAAGAUGGCAACGUGUACACAUUCGGACAAGGUAUGGAUACGCUGCAUGCAUACUAUUCAGUACAACAGUUAACAUAUGAAUAUUAUAGAAUAGAACGUGCGGAGGAAAAAACAAUAUUCUCUCACAGUGUUGUCUGUUACUGUAGUUCUACAGUUCAUAAUCUAUCUUGAUUCUUGCCAUAAAUAUUCUUUCUACUUUAGACAUAGCAUAACAUACAGAAUGUGACUUCCAAUACUGUUGGAGAUGCAGCCUCCAGAUACAGAAUGUGUCUUUGUAACCCAGUACACUCCUCGUCAACCCUCCUGUGUCCCCCCCUGUCUCCAGACCGACUGAUAGGGCUACCGGAGGGCCGGGCCAGGAACCACAACCGUCCCCAGGUGGUGCCAGCUCUGUCUGACGUGUUUAUAGAGGAUGUGGCAGUGGGGGCCGAACACACACUGGUCCUCUCCUCCACUGGAGAGGUCUAUACCUGGGGCAGCAACUCAGAGGGACAGGUAGGAUACAAUACACGGGCACACACACACACACACACACACACUGGGACGGGUACACACACUGGUCCUCUCCUCCACUGGAGAGGUCUAUACCUGGGGCAGCAACUCAGAGGGACAGGUAGGAUACAAUACACGGGUUACACACACACACACACACACACACACACACAGGGACGGGUACACACACUGACAGGUUCACACACACACACACACACACACACACACACACACACACACACACACGCACACACACACACACACCACGCACACACACACACACCACACACACACACACACACACACACACUGGGACGGGUACACACACUGGUCCUCUCCUCCACUGGAGAGGUCUAUACCUGGGGCAGCAACUCAGAGGGACAGGUAGGAUACAAUACACGGGUACACACACACACGCACGCACGCACAGACACACACACACACACACACACACACACACACACACACACGGACGGUUACACACACUGACAGGUUCACACACACACACACACUUUUUAGCACCAGUUCUCUCUGUCAUUGUACUGUGGUUAUUGUGCAUGUCUACCUUGUGAGGGCUUUUCUUAUAAAGACAAAUUCCUACACUUGUGGAAUGGCAAACAAACUGAUUCUGGUUCAUCCAAUAUGAGUUGAGUAGCUCACUGAUACUGUUUCUCUGUGGGUUGUAGCUGGGUCUAGAUCUGUUUUCUCUGUGGGUUGUAGCUGGGUCUAGAUCUGUUUCUCUGUGUGUUGUAGCUGGGUCUAGAUCUGUUUCUCUGUGUGUUGUAGCUGGGUCUAGAUCUGUUUCUCUGUGUGUUGUAGCUGGGUCUAGAUCUGUUUCUCUGUGUGUUGUAGCAGGGGAGGGGUCUGACUUAGAUUGUUUCUCUGGUGUGGUUGUAGCUGGGUUUAGAUCUGUUUCCUGUGUGUUUGUAGAUGGGUCUAGAUCAUGUUUCGCUGUGGGUUGUAGAGGGGUCUCUAGAUCGUUUCUAUGUGUGUUGUAGCUGGGCCUAUAGAUCUGUUUCUCUGUGUGUUGUAGUGGGUCUUAGAUCUGUUUCUAUGUGGGUUGUUAAGCUGGGUUAUAGAUCGUUCUAUGGGGUUGGGGUGUAGCUGGGUCUAGAUCUGUUUCUCGUGUGUUGCUAGCUGGGUCCUAGAUCUGUUCUCGUGUGUGUGUAGCUGGGUCUAGAUCUGUUUAUCUGUUAUCCACCUUAUAAAGAGUUGAGGUUCUAUUUCUCUUGGUUCUUAAUAUGUUUUCUCUGGUUUCUCCAGGUAUCAUAGGUGGGUCUGAUCUGUUUCUCUGUCUCCCUGUCUCAAUAGUUGGAUCUAUAUCUGAUUCUCAUGUUCUCCAGUGGUACUCAUAGUUGGGUCUAGAUAUGUUUCUAGGUUCUACCUGUUACUAGUUAGCGGUCAAAAAUCUGCUUUCUCGUUCUCCCUGUCUCCUAGUUGGGUUAUGGGCACACAAGCCACGUGUGUGUGAGGAGAGCCACCCUGGUGACAUCCCACUACACAGGGGCAAAAAACCAUAACCGAUCUAUGCUGGUCGCUGUCACUCAGCUGCCGGGACGACGGCAACGAGGGCGGCCCGCCACGGGCGCCAGGGGGGGGGGAACACACACACACAAUCACAUCACUACACACACACACACACACACACCACGAGACCACCACACACAACACACACACACCACACACACAAAAAGCACAUCACACACCACACACACACACAACACACACAGCAAAACACACACACACACACCAAACACACACACCACACACACCAAACACCACACACACACACACACACACACCACACACACACACACACACACCACACACAACACACAUUCAGCAGGCAGGUAGUUCUCUCUAAUCAGUAUUAAACGCAUGACGUCAAAUGACAAUAGGACUCUGGUACCUGGUGAAGUGUUUCAUGGGCAGGUAACUAAUUCCAACGAUGUGUGUUGAAUCGAUUGUUGUUCUUAUCUCCCUUGGUCAUAAUGUAACUAGUGUGAGAACAUUAAAACCUAGGGGGAUGGUUAUCUGGGUGAAGAGAUUGAUAAUGAUUUUGGAUUCGAAAAGGAGGCAUAAAAGAGAAAGAAGGGAGAGAGGGAGAGAGAGAGAGGCGAGACGAAGAGGAGAUAGGGAGUCAGAGCUCUGAGAGAGAGAAUAUUGAGCGAGGAUGAGAUGAGAGAGAGAGAGCGGGCGUAUCUCUAUCUCUCUAUAUCUAUCUAUAUCAUCUCCUCUCUUACUCCCUAUCCCUGUCCUAUCUCUCUCCCUCUCUCUAUAUCGGUCUCCUCUAUCUCUCUUCUCUCUCUCUCUCACUCUCUAUAUAUAUGUAAAGCUCAACUAUCUCUCCUAUGUCUCGCUCAUAUCUAUCUACUCUUAUCAAUAAACUGAAUAUAUACAUAUCCCCAUCCCUCCCUCCCACCCUCCCUUUCUGUCUUUGACAUCUUCUUUGAUCCCCUCUCAUCUCCAGGUUCCUCCCCCCGGUCCCUCCAGAUAGGGCUGCCGGUAGCAGUACCUCCCCAGUUCAGCUGUCUGAGAGAGGUCAGCAUGGAAGCAGUCCGGGCCAGGCUACGCAUACUUUACCACUUCUCUGACCUCAUGUACUCAUCAUGGAGAUUACUCAACCUCAGCCCCAACAACCAGGUACACACACACCUCACCUCACCACACACAUACACACACACCUCAUGUCUCACCACACCACACACAACACACAAACAAACACACAAACCAUUCACUCAACCACAAACACACACACCACACACACACCUCACAUCACAACACACAUACACAUACACACAUAACCACACACAAUACACACACAAACACCUCACUCACCACACACACAUACAAACAACACACCUCACCCAACACCGCACCACACUCUCACCACAAAUCUCACCCACACCCGCCACAAACCUCACCCCACACACCUCACACACACCUCACCACAACACCUCACACCACAGUACCUCACCACACACCUCGCCACACACCUCGCCACACACCUCACCACACACCUCGCCACACACCUCGCCACACACCUCACCCCACACCUCACCACACACCUCACCCCACACCUCACCACACCUCGCCACACACCUCACCACACCUCACCCCACACCUCGCCACACACCUAUCCGCACACCUCGCCACACACCUCACCCCACACCUCACCACACCUCGCCACACACCUCACCACACCUCACCACACAACUCACCACACACCUCGCCACACACCUCACCCCACACCUCACCACACACCUCACCACACACCUCACCCCACCCCUCCCACCACACCUCGCCACACACCUCGCCACACACCUCACCCCACACCUCGCCACACACCUCGCCACACACCUCGCCACACACCUCACCCCACACCUCACCACACACCUCACCACACACCUCACCCCACACCUCACCACACACUCGCCACACCAACCAUCACCAACAUUCCUCACCCCACACCUCGCCCACACCUCGCCAAACACCUAUACGCACACCUCGCCACACACCUCACCCACACCUCACCACACCUCGCCACACACCUCACCACACACCUCACCACACCCACCAGACACCUCACCACACCCACCACACACCUCGCCACACACCUCACCACACACCUCACCACACCCACCAGACACCUCACCACACCCACCACACACCUCACACACCUCACCACACACCUCACCCCACACCUCGCCACACACCUCACCCCACACCUCACCCCACACCUCACCACACACCUCACCACACACAUCACCACACACAUCACCACACACCUCACCACACACCUCACCACACACCACGCCACACACUUCACCACACACCUCACCACACACCUCACCUCGCCACACACCUCGCUAUCUCCUCCAGUUUAAUGUCCUCAGAUACAGUAGCAUGUGUCCCUUUUACUGUAUAAUCCUGUAUUGACUGUCCAUUAUGAUUCAUACAUCUGACUCAUUCCUCAGAGCUGUGCAUCCCACUACAACACAGGGACAUGGGGCAUCGUCCAGGGCCAGUUGAGGCCCCUGCUGGCCCCCAGGGUCUAUACUCUCCCCAUGGUGAGGUCCAUAGGGAAGACUAUGGUACAGGGGAAGAACUACGGACCCCAGAUCACUGUCAAGAGGAUCUCCACACGGUAUGUCCAGCGUCCUGGAGUAGUAGAAAUGGAGUAAUACGUCGGAAUAAUUAUAGAUGUUUUGUUUAUAGCGCUUUUCAUUACAAAGAAUCUUAAAAGUCUCUUUGAAAACCCAAAUAAAUGUAGUGAUCUGACAGUUGAUGGUUGAUGGUGUUCCACAGCUUCAGAUGUCUGGUGGUUAAGGCAGUAGGACAUGCAGUGUGUAUAUGUUACAUUGAGAUUGAACUAAUAGUUCUCUGUCUCCUUUUUCCAACCACUAAAAGCGGAAGAGAAAGUAAGAGAGAGAUGGGAGAGAGAGAGAGACGAGAGAGCCAGGCGAGAGAGGAGAGAGACAGCGAGAGAGAGAGAGAGAGAGCGCGAGAGCGAGAGGCGCGAGAGCUGCGAGAGCGCGCGAGAGACGUCGCGCUGCUCUCUAGCGUCGCGACUUCGCGAGCUUAGAGUGAGACAAUGCGAGAGCGAAAUACAGAUCUCAGCCAUAAGCCGAGAUCUAAUCAUCAUAGAUGAUCUCGCUCUGCUUUCAUCCUUACUACUCUCUCGGCUCAUCUCCCUCUCUCUCUCUCUCUUUCUACUCCUCUCUCUCUGUCCAGGGGUCGUAAGUGUAAGCCCAUCUUUGUGCAGAUAGGGCCCGUCAGUGGUCAGGAUCGAAAUGUCGUCUGACCUGCGGCUGCCGUCCAGGGCCUGGAAGGUCAAGCUGGUGGGGGAGGGGGCCGACGAUGAUGGAGGGCGUGUUUGA